AGACCAGAGACUGCGGGGGCGGGAGAGAAGGCGGCCGUAGUGGUGGUGGCUGCGGGGGUGGGUGGUUCCUCAAAGAGUUCCUCCUUCGGACUGCAGCCAAAGUCCUCGCGCUGACACUUCCGCGAACAUGGCGGCAAGUGCGCGGAGAGCAACUUUAAUCGCGAUUUGGGGCAGUCGUCUGCGUCGUGGCCUAGCCGAAGGUCGGCAGGCGCUUCUGCGGCCUGGUCCUCUGACUGCGGCUGUGACGGGGGCAGCGGUGGUAGGAGUAGGAGCGCUUUGGUACCAGGGACGCUUAGACCUCCCACCAGGCGAUUACCUGACAGUUUUUGCGCAGAAAAAUGAUGAUGAAGAGGCAGAAAAAUUGUCCAUUAGAAAGCAGCGUUUCAUGCAGUUUUCUUCACUGGAAUAUGAAGGAGAACAUUAUAUGACACCCAGAGAUUUCUUAUAUUCAGUAAUGUUUGAUCAUAUAGAGCGUAAAGCUUCAAUUAGGCAACUAACAAAAAAGGCUAUAAAUGAUGCAUUGGAUGAAGUAACAAAGAAUAAAAAUGGACCAACUUUUUUUAGAGAUCUUGGUGAUAAAGGAGUGAUUUCAUAUACUGAAUAUUUAUUUUUGCUGACAGUUCUCACUAAACCCCAUACUGGGUUUCAUGUUGCUUUUAAGAUGCUUGAUAUAGAUGGAGAUGAAACUGUUGACAAAAAGGAAUUCUUUAAGCUUCAGAAGAUUAUUAGUAAACAGGAUGAUCUGAGGGGAACUACAAGUGCUGAAACAAUGUUCCAGGAAUCAAAAGAAGAAGAUUCUGGAAUUAAUACCACUCUUCAAGUAUACUUCUUUGGAAAAGGAGGAAAAAAGAAGCUUCAUUAUAAAGAAUUUCGAAGUUUGGAAGAAUUCAAGUCAUUUUGCAAGUUUGCAACCCACUUGGAAGACUUUUCAAUCACAAUGGAAAUGUUUCGUUUAGCUCAUCGCCCUGUUAAACUAGCGGAGUUUAAGAGAGCUGUGAAAGUGGCAACAGGCCAGGAACUCUCAGACAAUAUUUUGGACACUGUCUUCAAGAUCUUUGAUUUAGAUGGUGAUGAUUGCCUUAGCCACGGAGAGUUUCUUGGGGUUUUAAAAAGCAGGAAGCAUCGAGGCUUAUUGAGUUUGGAAGAAUUCAAGUCAUUUUGCAAGUUUGCAACCCACUUGGAAGACUUUUCAAUCACAAUGGAAAUGUUUCGUUUAGCUCAUCGCCCUGUUAAACUAGCGGAGUUUAAGAGAGCUGUGAAAGUGGCAACAGGCCAGGAACUCUCAGAUAAUAUUUUGGACACUGUCUUCAAGAUCUUUGAUUUAGAUGGUGAUGAUUGCCUUAGCCACGGAGAGUUUCUUGGGGUUUUAAAAAGCAGGAAGCAUCGAGGCUUAUUGGAACCUCAGCAGCCAGGCAUACAAGAAUACUGGAAAUGUGUGAAGAGAGAAAGCAUCAAAGCCCUAAAAGAAGUCUGGAAACAAACUGGAAAAAACUAUUCUUAAAAACAAAAAAACAAAGAUAGUGGGAAUUCUAAUGUUUCAGAUAGCCUUAUAUUUUAUUUUUUAAGUACCUGAUGUUUAUGUUCUUAAGUUCUAUUCAUUAAUGUAUUUGUAAGAGACUUGCUUUCUAAUUAUAUACUUUUACAAAACUAAAUUUUUUCUUUUACUAGGAAAUGAUGAAAGUUUACAAAAAUGGAUUUUAGACAUGUUAAAUUGUCAUCUAAGAUUGAAAUGAUGUUUUCCAUUCUCAGAUAGGAUUAAGAAUAUGAUAUUAAUACUGGUCUCUAAUUUUAUUGGUAACAAUAAUAUAAUUGGUUAAUUGGAAGCAAGAGAAGUACCUAUGGACAUAAUUAUAUGUUUACUAUCACACUCCAAAAAUAUACAAUCCAGAAUUAAAAGACUAAGUCAUAAAUUCAUCUCUAUCUUGGGAAUUUCCUGUAUUUUCUGUUUCUGUUGUGGGUCUGACUGUAAGUUAUCUGAAUACAUUGAAUAAAAGUAUCAUAAUAAAGCAUUUAUCAACAA